UGAUGUGGUGUUGUGGGGUGGGGUUUUUGUGUUGCGGUUAGUGAUAAGCACGCCUGGCAGGCAACUCAUCAUCAUUCUUCCCUCCCUCCAUCUUCCAUUUCUCUCUCCACCUUUUGUCUUCUCUUUAGCCCCACUAUAUUUCUCUUCCUCUCUGUCACCCUUUACUUUCCCAUUUCCCCCUUUUUUAUUUUUUCCCCUGUCAAUUUUAAUUCAUUUCACUUAUACUCGAUCUGCCUUCUUGCCCCCCCUUUUUUUUUUUUCGAUUUUGUCGAUUUUCAGGUUACCUCUAUUCCUAUCUUUGAGCCAAGGUUGUGUAAAAUCAAAUAAUUAAAGCUACAAGAAUUUAAUGGCUGUUUCCAUGAGAGAUUUAGAUUCAGCUUUCCAGGGAGCUGGACAAAAAGCUGGUAUUGAAAUAUGGUGGAUUGAAAAUUUCAAGCCUGUUCCUGUACCAAAGUCCUCCUGUGGGAAAUUUUUCACUGGGGAUUCGUAUGUGAUUUUGAAGACAACUGCCUCAAAAAGUGGCGCCUUACGUCAUGAUAUCCACUACUGGCUUGGUAAAGAUACUUCUCAGGAUGAAGCAGGUACUGCUGCCAUCAAAACAGUUGAAUUGGAUGCAGCACUUGGAGGACGUGCUGUUCAGUAUCGUGAAGUACAGGGCCAUGAGACCGAGAAGUUCUUAUCUUAUUUUAAACCAUGUAUCAUACCUCAAGAAGGUGGUGUUGCAUCUGGUUUUAAACAUGCUGAGGCUGAAGAACAUAAAACACGUAUGUUUGUUUGCAGAGGAAAGCACGUUGUUCAUGUAAAAGAGGUUCCUUUUGCUCGAUCAUCUCUCAGUCAUGAUGAUAUAUUUAUUCUAGAUACUCAGUCUAAGAUAUUUCAAUUUAAUGGUUCCAAUUCAUCUAUUCAAGAGAGAGCAAAGGCUCUUGAAGUUGUACAGUACAUUAAAGAUACUUAUCAUGAUGGAAAAUGUGAAGUAGCUGCCAUUGAGGAUGGAAAGUUGAUGGCUGAUGCUGAAACUGGAGAAUUUUGGGGUUUCUUUGGUGGCUUUGCUCCACUGCCCAGGAAAACGGCUGUUGAUGAGGAUAAGACUCUUGAUUCUCAUACUACUAAGCUAUACUGUGUUAACAAGGGGCAGGCUGAACCUGUUGAGGCUGAUUCCUUAGCUAGGGAGUUGUUAGAAACAAACAAGUGCUAUCUUCUAGAUUGUGGCAUAGAAAUGUUUGUGUGGAUGGGGAGAACUACAUCUCUUGAUGAAAGAAAAAGUGCCAGUGGCGCUGCAGAAGAGUUACUCCAAAGUGCCGAUCGAUCAAAAUCUCACAUAAUUCGUGUAAUUGAGGGAUUUGAGACAGUUAUGUUUAAAUCAAAGUUUGAUUCCUGGCCACAGACAACUAAUGUGACUGUCUCUGAAGAUGGUAGAGGCAAAGUUGCUGCUCUUUUAAAACGUCAGGGGGUCAAUGUUAGGGGUUUGUUGAAAGCUGAGCCUAUUAAAGAAGAACCUCAACCGUUCAUUGAUUGCACCGGAAAUCUGCAGGUUUGGCGUGUAAAUGGUCAGGAAAAGAUUCUCCUUCCAGCUGCCGAUCAGUCAAAAUUUUAUAGUGGGGAUUGCUUUAUUUUCCAGUAUUCUUAUCCUGGAGAAGAUAAUGAGGAAUACCUCAUUGGAACUUGGUUUGGGGAGCAGAGUGUAGAGGAAGAUAGAGCUACUGCUAAUUCACUGGCAAGUAAGAUGGUUGAGUCAAUGAAGUUUCUGCCUGCCCAGGCCCGCAUUUAUGAAGGACAUGAACCGAUUCAGUUCUUUACAAUUUUUCAGAGCUUUAUCGUUUUUAAGGGUGGUCUUAGUGAUGGAUACAAGAAUUUCAUUGCGGAGAAGGAAAUCCCAGAUAAGACAUACAAAGAAGAUGGUGUUGCUCUAUUUCGGGUUCAGGGUUCUGGACCUGAUAAUAUGCAAGCAAUACAAGUUGAAGCUGUUGCAUCAUCAUUGAAUUCCGCAUACUGUUACAUAUUACAUAGUGGUUCCACUGUCUUUACGUGGUCUGGAAGUCUUACAACCUCGGAGAACCAGGAAAUUGUUGAGAGGCAGCUGGAUCUGAUAAAGCCAAAUUUACAGAGCAAGCCACAAAAGGAAGGUACGGAGUCUGAGCAAUUCUGGGAAUUAUUAGGAGGGAAGUCUGAAUAUGCAAGUCAAAAGAUUGUAAGGGAGGCUGAAAGUGACCCUCACCUAUUUUCUUGCACAUUCUCAAAAGGAAAUCUGAAGGUGACAGAGAUCUAUAACUUUGCCCAGGAUGAUUUAAUGACUGAAGAUAUAUUCAUCUUGGAUUGUCACUCAGAGAUCUUUGUCUGGGUUGGGCAACAAGUUGACACUAAGACAAAAUUGCAGGCUCUGACCAUUGGGGAGAAAUUUAUUGAGCAUGAUUUCCUUUUGGAAAAAUUAUCUCGUGAAAUUCCAAUAUAUAUUAUCAUGGAAGGCAGUGAGCCACCUUUCUUCACACGUUUCUUUACAUGGGACUCCACUAAAUCUAAUAUGCAUGGAAACUCAUUUCAGAGGAAGCUAGCAAUAGUUAAAAAUGGUGGUACUCCAGUUCUAGAUAAACCCAAGCGCAGAGCACCUGUAUCAUAUGGUGGAAGGUCUGCUGUACCAGACAAAUCACAGCAGCGUUCUAGAAGCAUGUCUUUCAGUCCUGAUCGAGUUCGUGUAAGGGGUAGGUCCCCAGCUUUCAAUGCACUAGCUGCUAAUUUUGAUAGCCCUGGUAAUAGGAACCUUUCGACUCCACCGCCAAUGGUUAGGAAGAUCUAUCCUAAAUCUGUGACUCCAGAUUCAUCAAAAUUGGCUUCCAAAUCUUCUGCAAUAGCUGCUCUCACUGCUUCUUUUGAAAAAUCACCACCGACGCGAGAAUUUCUUAUACCCAAAAUUGUUAAAGCAACCCGAGAGUCGGUUGACUCAAAACCGGAAACAAACUCUAAGGAGGACGGUAUGAGCAACAGAAUAGAGUCCCUCACUAUACAAGAAGAUGUGAAAGAGGGUGAAGUUGAAGAUGAAGAAGGUCUGCCAAUUUAUCCUUAUGAGCGCCUUAAGAUAUCAUCAGAGGAUCCUGUGACAGAAAUUGAUGUGACCAAGCGAGAGACUUAUCUGUCAUCAGGGGAAUUCAAAGAGAAAUUCGGAAUGACAAAAGAUGCCUUCUAUAAGUUGCCGAAAUGGAAACAGAACAAACUUAAAAUGGCCCUUCAAUUGUUCUAAAAUCUCCUCGUCCUGACUACAAUCUUUUCAGCCCCCUGCAUUUGAGGUUUUAGCCUUGCAGGUGGAAGAAAGCUUUCUUGCAAAUCUUUGACAAAAUUUCUCAGGAUUGAAAGGGACAGCAUCAGUGCAUUUUUAGCUGCUUCUGCUCCCAAGAAGCUUGUUUACUUGAUUGAUGAUCAAACUCAGAUUUUUUCCCCCAUUUUUUUUUCUCACCUGAUGGUUUGCAUGUCUAGCAUUUUUAUUUUUAAUUUUUGUUUCGGGUUGAGUUAGCUGUCGGUUUGUUAUUCUUUAUGGUCACAGGUUUGUUGUGAGCUUGCAUUUUUGUUUCUCAUUUCUCAUUUAUUUUCUU